UACCAAUAGAACACUGGUUACUGGUACCUACCUAGUACCUGCUACCUACCGAAAUCUGGCGUGUAAAUUGUCACUUGCUAUUUCGAGAAAAAGAUCGCGCUCUGCGCUAUUGUAUACCUCCGUCUCCAACACUACGAACGAAAAAGUCGAAAUAAAAACCCUCGCUAUAUUUUUAUUUUUUAGAUUUAAUUUGUUGUGUAACAUUGUGAAACCUUUAAGUAUAUUUUGUGUGUUUUGAAAACAUUACAUAAUGCCGCUCCUAAGGCUCACUUCUGGCACUUUUGGGCAGCUGCGUACCUUCGCUACGUCAUCAGCCCUUGGAAAGAGAGUGAAAACUUUCGCAGUAUAUCGCUGGAACCCUGAUGAGCCCGACAAGAAGCCAUACACCCAAAACUUCGAGGUCGAUUUAGACGACUGCGCACCUAUGGUGCUCGAUGCUCUUUUGAAGAUUAAAAAUGAAAUGGACCCAACCCUCACCUUUAGGAGGUCGUGCCGUGAGGGUGUAUGUGGCUCUUGCGCUAUGAACAUCGACGGCGUGAAUACUCUCGCAUGCAUCAGUCAUAUCGAUCAAAAUAUGUCGAAGCCCACAAAGAUUUAUCCGCUCCCGCACAUGUACGUGGUCAAGGACCUCGUCCCAGAUUUGACUAACUUCUAUAAGCAAUAUCAGUCGAUAGAGCCUUGGUUACAGCGCGACAAGGAAGCUGUGAAAGGUAAGGAAACCCAGCUACUUCAGGAUGUCGAAGAUAGGGCUAAGUUGGAUGGCCUCUAUGAGUGUGUGCUCUGUGCUUGUUGUUCAACCAGUUGCCCGUCAUAUUGGUGGAAUGGCGAUAAAUAUUUGGGUCCUGCAGUCCUCAUGCAGGCAUACAGAUGGAUCAUUGACUCCCGUGACGAUGCAACAGCCAAACGUCUCUCAAAGUUGAAAGACACAUACUCUGUGUACCGUUGCCACACGAUCAUGAACUGCACAAGGACUUGCCCCAAAGGUUUGAACCCAGGCCGUGCUAUUGCCCAGAUAAAAACAUUGUUAUCAGGCAUGGUAAAGAAACAGGCUCCAAUCAUGGACCCUGCAGGUUUGGAAAAGCAGGCAGCACACAAUUAAGCUUCAAUGGACCUAGAUAAUACUUAAAAUCCUCUAAUUUCAAUUUGACAAUAAGAUAAUGCAGAGAAGAGUAAUUUAUUAUCAUUUUAGUAUAUUUAUUAUUUCCGUUGAUCUUGACUGAAUCGUGAUCUAUGCAUCGAUAAAUGUAAUAUUGACCUAGCUUAACCUUCUGUUUUUAUUAUCAGUAAUGAAUUCUUGACCUCUAAUGGAUGAUCUUAUUAUAUCAAAUAUUGCUAUAGAUAUAUUUAUAAAUGAUGAUAAUAUUAUGUAGUUGAAGUAUUAAUAAAAUGUAUUAUCAUUUCUCAUUCAUCCAAAUCUAAAUUAUACUCAUUUUUUAAAGUAUUAUAACAUUCUGAAUUAAAUUAUUGUCAUGUAGCUUGUAUAUGUGUUAGUUUAUUGAAUAAAAGUAAAUUUUAAACUA